UGGUCUGAUAACACUGUUCGAUUAGGCCUAUACUAGUGUGAUUGGUCCGCUAUGAAUUCAAUCACAAACGCAGUGACUAUAUAAUACUUCGGUUAAUGGGUUAAAUUUGUGAUCUAUAAUCCGUGAUUAAACUCCAUGUGGUCAGAGCAGCAUCGCUGAUAUAAUAAUUUAAAAAAAAGCAAAUACUGAAGACACUAGAUAAGGUUAGGGCUUUAAAUCAAAGAACAGUUAGGCUGUUAGGGUGCCGAGAAGACAGUUCUAGAGAACCUUUGAACCAUAGCCAUGGAAUGCGACUGUAAACCUGAGAGUGCUUGCACUUCGACAUGCCUCUGCGAGACCGAAGACGACAUUACUCCUGCUCUGUGGAUGGACUACAACAGUGUGUGGACAGGAGCAAUCGCUGUCUUGGGCUUCUUGCUGUACAGGUUCACACAAGCUCUCCCCACCCUGAUCCGAUGGCCCAUCCGUCUUCUCUGCUCUUUCACUGGUGUGACCUCAAUGUGGAGAUGGGUGUCCCGUCUUGUCAACACUGUCCUUGGGUUAAGGACGUUGUUUAAAUGGCUGUGUCAUCUCUGGAAGAUUUUAGUCGGUUCUGUUGGUAACAUGAAGAAAUGUAUGGGGGCUGUAGCUAAACUGAUCCAAAACCUGCAAGAACUUUCCACAGACCAGUCCACCAACAGAAGGCACGUCGGAAACGCUGCCCCAAUGACCUUAUAUCCCUCAGACCCAGGACUCCGGCUAAUUCUGGUGGGGCCUUGUGUGGCUGACCUUGGCUUGCUGCGGGACAGGCUGUUGGGCUGCCCUGCCUCCCAUGGGUACCAGAGGCAGUGUGUGCAGUGGAGGGCCUUUGCGGAGGGACAGGAGUUGAUCAUGGUGGACACCCCGGAUAUCCUGGGGUCAUCUCUGGAACCGACAGAGGUGGCACGGGAAGCCCUGCGGAGCCUGCAGCUGGCCAGCCCAGGUCCCCACGCCUUCCUGCUGGUCUUGCGGGGCCCCCGACCAAGUGAUGACGGAGGAGACGCAACAAAGGCGUUGAGGACCCUCCUGGGCUUGGUGGGCGAGGGUGCUCUGGAUCAUAUUCUUCUUGUUCUGAUCCACACAGACUCUCCCGGAGGCUCUGGUACACCAAGCCCAAUAUCGGAGGGGACUCCUGGGGGUCUUGUAGCGCUGCUGUCCUUAUGCGGUCAGAAGCUAGAACUGUUGGACAUUGGGCCUGCCUGUCCCCAGGCCAGGAGGAGGGCCCAGAGCCAGCGGCUAGUGGAGAGGGUUGUGCAGAUGAGGGCACUGAGGGGCCACUACCUCCACCAGCUUCAGAGGAAGGAGAACCAGAUGAGGGAGGAGCUUCUCCUGGAUGCAGCUGCUGAGCUGAGGAGGAGGCUAGAGGACAAGGAAAGGGAGCAGAAAGAGAGGGAGGAAAGAGAGAGGGAGCAGAGAGAGAGGAAGGCGAUUGGGAAUGAAUACCUGCUACACAGGGAAGGACAUGUAAAUGAAGAGUGGGCCAUUAGUCCAUCUGCCCCAGCUUCAGCCAAGGCUUGUGAUUGACUGACUGACUGAGAUGUGAUUGGCUGGCUGACUGGGGUGUGAUUGGCUGGCUGACUGACAGAUACUGGUUCUCAUAUCAGUGCUUGCCACAGAGAUUUGCUAUCUACCUGGUACAGAGCCAAGUGUCUUGUCUGUGCUCUUUUUUUUUUUUUAAGUGUUCAGAUAUGAACAAUUUCCUGUUAAACAGUUAUUUUAUAUUUAUUGAUAUUUGCACUGCACAGCAAACACUUCAAAAUGUGCUAAGAAGUCUCACUAAUAGGGCACAUUUCCUUUCAUUUGUUGUUACACAGAGUUCAUUCAAUAAUAUAUUUGAUUUAAUAACUUAUACAUGUAAUUGCCUGUGUAUUUAUUGAUGUACCUAAUGCUACAUCCAUAGGCACAUUAAUAUCUGAGGAAUUUCUUUAAUAAAAUUAAAAAAAUUAAAAUAGAA